CAUAGUCACGCCUACGCGAGUCAAACGUCGCUGGCGCCGCUACUGGGCUGGCCACCGCUCAGUCUCAACUUGUAUCUCGACGCCUGAACACGCAUCAGGAAUAUAUCAGAAAUGAGUCGCGUAGGAAGAGGCCGACGCACGCGCGUCUACGAUUGCAACUACAACAAGGGCGAGAGUUACUACCGUCCUGUGCUCGACCGGCUGGAUGGUAAAGUGCCCGUCGCCAGAGAACCAGAUCGAGACCGCAUCAGAUCCGACGUAGAAAACCGCAUCAAGACCGCCCUUGAUGAUAUAGAAGCUCCAAAUGAUGAACUGUUCGAUUCAAGGGGAGCUAGAGCGCAGCGAGGCAGACCCCUGUCUUCCGCUUUCGAAGAUGACGAUAUUAGUGAUGAAAUCUCAGAAUCUCUAAAGCGUUUACGGGCAAGCAAGAAGCGUUUCACUGAGGACAUCGACUUUGAAAACAGUGUUUCAAAUCUUGAAAAUCGUAUGCGGAUUUCCGAUAAGAUUCUCGAAACUGUAGGUAUCGGUCAAUCUGAAGUAAGUGGAGCACGACGAGCAUUGCAAGAGAAUGAAGAACGCACAGAGAAACGUAUUGCACGUAGAUUAAACGAAGAAAAUGCUCUAACCAAGUGGACAGCUUUGAAGAAUGUUGAUGAAGAAUCUGCUGCAGCUCAAAGGGCAAAAGCCACACGAGCCCGUUUGACAGAUUUAGAAGAUGAGAUGUCUGAACUAUCUGAGAGAACAGCUGCUAGGGAGAAACGUGCCGCACGCCUGCGCGCUUUAGUAGCCGACUCUGACUCUACUGACACUACCGUUUCCGCCUCCAAAAUUACCAUCCGUGCUGAGAGGGAAAAGAAACAAGUUACUUUUUAAGUAUU